AUGGCAAACAAGUCUCAGCAAGUGAUCAAAGGAAAUGGAUCAAAGCAAGCUGCAAGUAUAAGUGAACCUAUGUACAGAGAGGCAACAAAUGAGAUGCUGGUGUUAGGGGAGUUGCCACUGUCUUUUGUGGAGAGUGUGGCCUGGAGACAUUUCUCUUCUCGAGUCAACCUCUACCGGCCUCACUCAAGGAGAACACCAAGCAGAGACAUAGUGCAGCUGUAUGUGAAGAAGAAAGCUUUGCUGAAGAAAUGGAUUAACUCAAACAAGCAAAGGGUGUCUCUAACUACAGAUAUAUGGGUUGCUCCAAAUACAAACAAUGCAACAACCAAUACUUUGGCUCUGAAGAAGUUUCAAAGGGAGUUUAGGUUGGUCAGCAAUGAUGCAUUUGUGUUAGAUGGAGACUACAUGCAUAUCAGAUGCAUUGCUCACAUCAUCAACUUGAUUGUGAGGGAUGGGUUGCAUGACUUAUCAAAGAAUUUGGAGGCUAUACGCAAUGGUGUAUCCUAUGUUAGGUCAUCUCAUGUUAAGCAGAAGUCAUUUGAGCUGAGAGUUAAUUUAGGGAAGCUGAAAAGAAUAAGUCUCACAUUGAAUGUGAAAACCAGAUGGAGUUCUACAUACACAAUGUUGACAAAUGCCCUGAAGUACAGAGUUGCUUUUGACAAAAUGCUAAUAGAAGACAGGUUGUACCAUGACUACUUCCAAGAAAUGGAUAAUGGGAACACACGUGAAGGACCUCCUGAUCAACUGACUGGCAUGCCAUUGAAAGGUUGCUUGAAUGCGCACAAAUGCUAUGGUGAAAUUGUUACAAUAGAGAGGAACCUCUCAUUUCUGACUAACAGCAGAGAUGAUGGCUUGAAGAACAAAGCUGCUGACAUGUUGAAGAAGUUUCUGAAGUAUUGGGAUGGAAUGAAUAAUAUCAACAAGAUGCUGAUCAUUGCAACUGUGUUUGAUCCAACGAAGAACUUAAAGUUUGCCAAGAUGUGUUUUGAGAAGCUUUAUGGUGAAGAUUCUGUUGACUUCAAGGCUAUGGGUGAUUAUGUCUUCUAUGUUCUUGACUUAGUGUAUAAAGAGUAUGCUGCUGAGAAGCUGGGUCUGGUUCCAAAGACUAAACAACAUCAAUCACCUGAGAUUCCUAAGAAGAUGGAUUUGGUUGAUGAUCUAGGUUAUCAGAGAAUGGAUAUGGCGUAUAAGGAGAUGGUUGCUAACAAUACAGAUGAAGUAGUAAGGCGUGAGUUAUAA